AUGCCUGCCUCAGUAGCAUCAGCGCCCGUCAGACACACCCCCAACAAGACGACUGCCACAAGAAACGUCAAGAAGGCAGGCACAGCCGCAACCAAGAAGCCCCAAACAAACGGCGCCGUAAACGGAGCCACAAACGGAGCAUCGCACCCCCAAAUGUCGCCUUAUACCAUCAUGGCCUCGAGAAUCGCCAACCGCGUCGCCGAAAUGGCAGAAAACAUGACGUUUGUCGAGCGAGAAAAGCCUCAGCCACAACAAAACGGCGCCGUGCAACCGCAAGCCGCGCCUCGCAAGCCCCCGCGAAAGCUCGAAAUGCGCAUUCCCAACAGCGGCGCUUCACCUACAAACAUUACGUUUAGCGCGCCCUUCCUUGACAACACGCUGUCUAAGCUGUUGACACUGCAGAACCGCAUGUUGACUGUUAGCAACGACAUUGCUGCAUGCGAGGAUGUGGACGAGAAGACGAAGCAGGAGCAGUUUGCGCAGAGCGCCGAGUUGAGCCGCAUCAUCGCACUGAUUUGUGCUGAGAAGGCUAGGCAGGGUGCUUAG